CGUCAAGCGGCGGUCGGCCAGUGAAGAGUUAAAAGGAGGAGACGCGGACUGACACGCCUCAUCGGAGAGAUGAUGUGCGGCCAACAAAACGCGCGUGUCGCCCCGCGAGUCUUCCACAGCCCUGGAACACGUCGUCUCGUGCGCGAGCGCCACGAGGCCGGAGCCGGACGGGUCCUGGUUCUCGUACACUGAGGAAGCCCCGCAACCUUCCCCUCUCGCUUUUUUGACUGCUUUUUCUUCGUUCGUAUUCGUCGGUUUUUGUGGCUCCAGGUUGUGGAUUACUUGGUUCCGAUUCUGCACAAGAGAGGCCGGCCAUGGAGGAGUCGAGCUCGCACCACAAGGCGCAGCUGUGGGACGGCGACGCCAAGGCGGUGCAACAGUGUCUGACGGACAUCUUCACCAGCGUCUACACCACCUGCGACGUGCCCGAGAGCGCCAUCUUCGGGCCGUGCGUGCUCAGCCACACGUCCAUGUACGACAGCAUCGCCUUCAUCGCGCUCAAGGCCACCGACAAGCGCACCGCACCCUACAUAUUCCGGGUGGACACAUCCGCGGCCAACAGCACGUCGGAGGGCCUGACGUGGCUUCGUCUGGUGCAGUCGGCCCGCGACAAGGACGAGCAGAACCUGGAGGCGUACGUGAAGAACGGCCAACUCUUCUACCGCUCGCUUAGGCGCAUCGAGAAGGACGAGGAGCUGCUGGUGUGGUACGGGAAGGACCUGGUGGAACUGCUGUUGCUCACUGCCGCCAGGGUGUCGGCCAAGAGCAAAGGUUCAUCCCACCACUCGUGCCCGGACUGCAGUCAGAGGUUCCAGUUCGAGUUCCCGUUUUUGGCGCACCUCCGCUUCCGCUGCACCAAAAGACUGCAGAGCCUGACGGGGGCGGACGAGGAGCCCAGCAGGGAGCGCAGCCCGGACCGUCCCAACGCGACGCCCACCAGGAGCAGCCCCAAGCACGGCCGCUCUGAGGGCGACGGAAGCAAACCCUCCACGGACUUUCACAACCUGGCUCGGGACAUGGAAAACAACCGGACCGGAAGCCCGCUGCGCGACAGAGAGGCAGAGGUGUGCAGCGAGAGCUCGGGUAAGAGGAAGUUCUCCGCGGUGGAGGACCGGGAGUGCCGACGACCCGGCCUGCCGCAGUCCAAGUCCAAGGAGGAGCUGGCGACGUCGGCGCAGAACUACCGGGGAGUGUACGGCUUAGAGGAGAAUCACCGGUCACUUUCCUCUUCCAGUUCCUCGGAGACCAAGUGCAGCGCCUUCACCGAAGUCAAGAAGUCGGUUCAGACUCUCAAGAACCACGGCGGCGGCAAAAGCCCGUCGGCCGCCAACUCUGAGAACAAAGACCGUCCCAGCAGCAGCCCCUCGGAGAAGCACCCGAACAUCCGGCAGGUUCUGUCAGAGACGCAGCCGCCCCAAACCCCACCCAUGGGGAGCGCCUUCACCUCGGUGAGCCAGGGAGGCAGCGGCAGCGAGAGGAAGAGCGCCUUCAGUCAACCGGCUCGAUCCACCUACUCCCAGAUCUCCCCGCUGGUGUUGCCGCCAAAGCUGCUGGACUGCCACCCUGCGGUGGGCGACACCAUCUCGUCCAGUCGUCUCUACCAGGCCGACCACCUGGCCGCCAAGCUGCAGGGCGCCGAGCUGGGCGCUAACUGCCCUGUGCCGGGCGGCGUUGCCAAGCAGAGCCCCUUUGUGUACGCUGCCGCCGCCGCAGCAGCUGCCUCUUUCUGGCCCAAGAACUCAGGCGCCGUCCAGUUGCAGAUGCCCUCGGCGCUCACACUCCUGCCGCCCUCCUUCACGUCUCUGUGCCUGCCGGCGCAGAACUGGUGCGCCAAGUGCAACGCCUCAUUCCGCAUGACUUCGGACCUGGUGUACCACAUGCGCUCGCACCACAAGAAGGAGUACGCCAUGGAGCCCCUGGUCAAGCGGCGGCGCGAGGAGAAGCUCAAAUGUCCCAUCUGUAACGAGUCCUUCCGAGAGCGCCACCACCUGUCACGUCACAUGACCUCGCACAAUUGACUUGAGGGCCCCGGACCUGGCGCUGGGGGAGCUGUCAGGAAUUAGGUGGAUUAAGGGGGCCCUGCCCCUUCAGUGCCGCAAAAUAACUAAAAUCUUUAAGGUCCCCCGUCAGUCAUGUGCUCUUUGAGUAGGGGUUCUCAAACUAUAUUUUUUUUUUACGACGACAACAUUUGAUUUGAUUUCGAAAAAAUACACCCUAAGUGUGUGUGUAUGUACAUCCAGCAAAUACUCUUUGUAAGCUUCUCUUACUAACAACACAGGCUAAACCGAGCUCCUACCAGACAUACAAGGCUUAUCUAUCAAUUGAAAUGUAUUACUUCAAUAUACUUCUUUGGAGCAAUUACCGCACUACUUUUUUUUUUUUUUUUUUUUUUUUUUACAUAGACAGGUCUUCAGUUCUAUAUUGUGGCAUCUUGGGUUGUUUCAAAAAUAGCAACAACAAAAAAAAAAAAAUAGUGACUAGACGAAUGCGGAAAUUGCUGUGUCUUUUCAGUAAUGGCUUCUUGAGACUUUUCGGUGGGUCUACUCAUGCGACACUCCUGCAAAAGUUCAUGUUACUAAGUAUAACUGGCUUCUGUGGCUGAAUUUUGGAAGACUCUCUCGGCGGAGUUUGUAUUCGAAGGACCCUUGGAAACGAUGUGGAAAAAAAAAAAAUGGCAGACUUUCUGUCUCUUUGCAAUCAUGGCUUGCGGAGACUACGGGUCGACUCAUUGUAGACAUGCUGACCAAAUUUCAUGUUGCUUAGUGAAACCUUCUCCAAGGACUGACUUUUCAAAAACUCUCUUGGAGCAUUUGUCUUAGAAGUAACCCUGAAACAGUCCAAAUGAGCCUCAAGUGGCUACUUUGAAGCAAAAUGGCAGACUUCCCGUGUCUAUUCAGUCAUGGCUUCUUGCGACUUUUUUUGUUGGGUCUACUCAUGUCUAACAAAUUUCAUGUUGCUAAAUAAAGCUGGCAUUGAGGGCUUAAUUUUCAAAAACGUUGGAAUUUGAUACAUUUUAUGUCGGGGAGGAGCCAAGUUUAGCUUGGGUCGUUAGCAGAAGCCAUUGCGGAGAAUCAAAAGUUUGAGAACCAAUGCCUUAGAAUCAUCAUCACUGACUUCGCCACCCCCCUUGUGGCGCCCCCGUCCCCUUUGCACUCCUUUUCUGGAAGGUUCCUUUUUGUGUCCAAAAAACAAAUGUCACGUUUGAAAUGAAUCUAUUUAUGAAGCACUUACCCCGUCUCAGAAGGGAAGAUGGAAAUAUGUGUAAAUGUACAGUGAGUUGUAUUUUAUAUCCUACAUGAUUAUAGACACAAUGUGUGUGAGCGAGUGCAUGCACGACUACGGGAAACCAUAUCCACUCCACAUGCAGACCGUGUGUAAAUACAAAGGGUUCUGAUUUGAAAUACAAAGUGUGACAAUGGUAUUGCUAAUAAUAAUAAUAAUAAUCAUAUUUUGUGUCUGUGUGUGUGUGUGUGUGUGUGUGUGUGUGUGUGGAGGGGGGUUGGUGUUUUCCGUUUGGGGGGAAAUUUUACUACGUACGACAGUUGAUCUAAUCAUGUUGAAUGCAUUGACAAUAAAAAUAGCUUUAUUUUCAA